ACAGUCACUGGUGAAAACUUUUUCGAGCCGGUUCUCAUGAAUCUUUCACACGUUUAUUUUAUCCCACAGCAGGUGUAAUUCGAGGUUAGGGAAAGUGACUCUUUGCCACAGCCAAUAAGCGCAUUCUUUCUCUUCCUCACAUUGGUCCCGUGAUGCGUUCAGGGCGGUGAGGUGUGUCAUCUCGCUGAGCCCCUCCUGUCGCGCGUUACAGAGAAUAAACAGUUAUAAAGAGAGCAUUGUGUUGGACAACUGUAAAAUCCUAAUUUGUUGCCUUUACUGCGUUGAAAUGAGCAUGAAGUGAAGUUAAACUUUCUGGAGGUGCUUUUUGAAGUAUGCAGGAGCCCACACGCCAGAUAAGAAGUGUCCGCGUCUGACUAAAUAUAACUUUGUAACUUUCUGACUUGGGGCUUACUAUGAGGCCAGUUUGCUGUGCUCCAUCUCACUGAAGGCUUCUCUGCAACAGGUGAAUUUCGGAUAUUUCUGAAGGUAUCUGAGACCUCGUCAUGCCAGUCCCCCCUCCUCCUCCUCCCCCUCCACCUCCCCUGGCUCCCCCUCCACCUCCACCCCCACCCAGCGCUGCCCUACCACAGUGUCCAGCUGAGCCUCCUAAGCUCCAGUCGGGUGGAGGAGGGAGAAAUGCCCUGCUGUCCGACAUCCAGAAAGGAGCCAGGCUCAAGAAAGUCACAGAGGUCAACGACCGCAGCGCCCCUGCUGUCGAUAAGCCCAAAACUAGCACUGGAGAUACAUCUAGCAGUGGUGGUGCUUCAACAGGAGGGACAGCACCCAUGGGACCCACAUUGGGUGGGCUCUUUGCUGGGGGGUUCCCAACCCUCAGGCCUAUAGGGCAGAGAGACCUAGCAGGAAAGACUCCAGUGUCGCGCUCAAGCUCCUCCGCCUCCCUGAAGCCGCAGUGGAACCCCCCCUUGCUGGCAGACAUCAGCUCUGAGCCUCUGAAGACUGUAGAAGCCCGGAGCUCCGCCCAUCACCCGCUCGCCCCCUCAUCCUCAGCUCCUCCCUCACCCUCUUACGGCAGCAAGCACCCCCCUCCCUUCCCUGCUUCCUCUCCCCCUCCACUUCCACCUGCCCCUCCCUCAGCUCCUCCCCCACCCCCCCCACCUCAAGCCUUCCAGGACCGUCCAAGCAACAAGCCUCCACCUCUCCCCUCCUGUCCUCCUCCUCCACCUCCCUCCCAGGUCACCAAACCCACCUGGCUCCCCAUCCAGCAUUCACAUUACACCUCCUUCACCCAGCCCUCUACUCCUCCUCCUCCUCCUCCUCCACCUUUCCAGUCCCCUUCUGCUGUGCCAGGGGACCGCUCCUCAGGGUGCUUUUACCCUUCGCAUCCCUCUCCUGUCCACACUGAAUCUUCCAGGUUCCCCAUCCUGCGAGACAGCCCACUGGGUCCUCCUCCCCCACCUCCUCCACCACCUCUUCCAGUUUCUUUCACCCCCAGCUGCCCAUCUAACCUCCCCCCUCCACCACCUAAGGUGCCUCCAGUGCCCUCUCCGACAAUGCGCUCUCUGCCUCCAUCAUACCCCUGCAAUGCCCCCACACGACGUCCGCCUGCUGUGCCCAGGAGUGCUGGUGUUGGUCGGCUGGCUCCUCCUCCUGCUCCUCCGGCACGCUCCCCUUCGACCGAGCUGUCCAGCCGCAUUCCUCCCCCUCCACCACCUCCUCCUCUGCCUCCGUCCAGCCUCAGGAACGGACACCUGCACAGCCUGGAUGACUUUGAAUCCAAGUUCCAGUUCCACCCUGUGGAAGAUUUACCUCCUCCAGUUGAAUUCAAGCCUUUCCCUCGGAUCUACCCCAGCAAAGAAAACAGAGUGAAUGUCAAACCACCUGGGAUGAGGACACACCUCAGAUGAGUCACGCUCAUCUUCAUCCCCCUACACGUAUCAGCAGCUACACUCCUCUCCUUCCUCAUCAUGACAGUAACAGGACAGCAGUGGUGGUUCUCCUUGCGUGUAUGUGUGCCUGUUGUUUGUGUGUAGUGUAUUUGUGUGUGUAUAUGUGAGUGUCAAACAGGGUCCCGCCUUAUUCUGACUAUGUGACCUCUGACCUUUUCCAGUGUGGAAUGUUUUGAAUGUGUGUGAGGAGGAGGGCUCUCCCUACUCAUGCUCAUACACACACAAUCUAGGGACAGUGUCCUCCAGCAGCUAUAUUUAUCAUGACUCCUGACACAGUUUGGAAGCAUGACUGUGUCUACAUACAGAAUAGAGCAUAAGUAGUUUUGUUAAAGAUGUAAUUAUCUUUGAGUUGACGAAGCAGCACUUUUAAAGUUAUAAUUCAAUCAAAAACAAGAGUCUGUCGAUUUGGAGCUGUUUGAGGCUAUCCUCUCAUAAUGUCUUUAGAUUUUGAUGUUUCUUGAAUCUGAGGACAUUUAUCUCUACUGUGAGCCGUUAGCCAGAAGUUGCUAUGCUAUGGCUUUGAAGAAAAUGUCACUGAAAAAAAUGUAGGCAUAUACUUGGAAAGCACUCACCUGCACUUCAGUACAUGCGUCCUUACAGAAUUUAAAAACCCUUGUUCAUAUUGUGUAACUUUCUUGUUUUAAUCUGUUUGUAUCAGUAACGUACUAAUCUCCAACAUGAAUGAAAAAGGACACAUACAUGAGGAUUAUGGGAAAGCAUCCGUUAUCGGUUCCUCUGAGGUGUCGUCUGCUAUGAAUAGAUAAUGACUGAGGUAUAAUGUUUCUUUUCUCCAAAUGCAUUAACUCAGUGCCACCUGCUGGUUCAAUGUGAUAAAAGCAACAUGUGAACUAAAUAAACCACAGUAUUUUGUUUAAAAAAAAGAAAUGUUGUCACACUAUUGAUCACAUUUAGGAACUAACACUGAACUAUACCCUGAACAGAACAGUGGUCUACCUAUAGAGUUGAGUCUUGAUGCAUUUGCAUUGAAGGAGUCAACCCCACAGCUGCAGAAACAGGAUGAUCUAGAU